GCAGGAACAGGAGUAGUUUUGGUAGUAGCAGCCGAUAUUAUGUGUACGUGGUAGUUUAAACUGUUUUCUCCUCAAUAAAUCAACAUAUCAGAUACCCGACGGACAUCAUUCAGAGACCGACGAUGCCUCCGCGAAACCAAGAUUUCGGACUGAAAAAGUCUGGAGGGGCCAGGAGCGGGUCCGUGAUAAACUUCAGACAAACUGUUAACUCCGGCUCUUUACGCCGCAGCUCUGCUGUCUUGCCAUCGGUGCUGACGUUUGCUGUGAUCGUGGCGUCCGGGGGCCUUCUGCUCAUGAUAGAGAAAGGAAUGCUGAAUAGUAUGGAGACACCACCACCUCGGGGAUACAGCAAGAGGUCAGGCUACCUCAGACAAACCCGACAUCUUGAUCCAGCUGUGGACGCAGAAUCCCAGAUUCUCCAGGAGAUCCGUAACCGCACCAUCCGGACCAUGUGUGGUCAGAAGAACAUGCCCCACAGUGUGUGGUCCCUGAGCCCCCUGCAAAGGAAAACCCUGCUGCAGCACAUCCUGGUGAACGACGAGCACCGCUUCCUCUACUGCUAUGUCCCCAAGGUGGCCUGCUCCAACUGGAAGAGGGUUCUGAAGGUCCUGAGUGGGGCUCUAGAGAAUGUGGAUGUCAACAUUAAGAUGAACCACAAGAGUGACCUGCUCUUCCUGUCCUCCCUGAAGCCUGAGGAGAUCCGCUACAGGCUGAAACACUACUUCAAGUUCAUGUUUGUCAGGGAACCUAUGGAACGCCUGCUCUCCGCUUACAGGAACAAGUUUGGGGAGAUCAAGGCAUACCAGGAGAAGUACGGUGCUGAGAUCAUCAGGCGCUACAGAAAGGGCCAUGCCAAGGAUACAGCAGUGGCUGGGGAUGAUGUGACCUUUGCUGAGUUUGUGCGCUAUCUGCUGGAUGAGGAUGUGGACCGCAUGAAUGAGCACUGGAUGCCCAUCUACAACCUGUGCCAGCCAUGUGCCGUGUCCUAUGACUUCAUUGGCUCCUAUGAGCAUCUGGAGAGUGAUGCGGACUAUGUGCUACAACGUAUUAGUGCACCUCCACAUGUCCACUUCCCUGAGAGACAGACGUGGUACAAGCCUGUCACCAAGGAGACGCUGCACUAUUACCUGUGCAGUCUGCCUCAGAAGCUUCUCAGGGAACUCCUGCCCAAGUACAUUCUAGACUUUUCCCUGUUUACUUACCCCCUCCCCAACACAACCACUGAAUACUGCAGACAUUAACUGCAAGAUGGUAUUUUAUACUUGAAAAUUAUUAUUUUUAUACAGUAUCUUGUUACACAUUCGCCAUUUAUUUUUUAUUCCGAGGGAACAAGCAGUAUUUUGAUAUGUUACUUUUUACAUUAGAUUUGUUACAGCAUUGGGAAACAUGAAUGUGUUUGAGUAUAUGCAUAAAACCACAAACUUGAAAGGAAUUGUAUUUUAGAAGGAAAGUGGUAAUGUUACUGAAUCAAAUCAAUUAGUUUCCAUGCAUUCCACUUAAACACUAAGAAAUUACUCAACUGUUACUGUCCAAUUGCUCUAAUAACUGUACAGUCCAUCUGGGCUUCAACUAAACAUUGACCCAACUGUCAGCUAAGUAUUAAAGCCCCGAUAACA